CUCCAGUCAAGCUCCUGGUGGAGAAAGGAGUAGUAACACCUCUCUCUGCGUACCGGCUCGUCGUCGGCCACAGGUCCAGGCUCAGGUCCCGCUGCAGAGCCCUGACACUUUGCCACCAUGGAGCUCCGUUAUGCGCUCACAUUCCUCUGUGCUGUCGUGGUGCCUGCGUGCACGUCGGACACUGAAGUGAGCAGCCACUUUGUUUUGGAGCCUUAUGAUUUCCUCUUCGACACGGCGGUGGAAGCUUACUAUAAGGGGGACUGGUUAUCGGUGAUUCUGAACAUGGAGAAGGCUCUCAAAAACAAAGCCACUUUGCGCAAAGUUAAAGCUCAGUGCCGCCAGAGCUGCGCCAACCAGACCGCUUUCGGCGAGCCUUUGGCCGGGUUGGGAGUUCCCAUACCGGGGACCGGCUCUGUGGAGGACCUGGGCUUCUUCCAGAAAAUCCUGAAGCGGGCCGACUGUGUGAACUCCUGCGAAACUGAGAAAGUCGGCGCACCAAGUUUGCAUCUCGUCAGCGAGGAAAUAGAGCUGGAGUUCAAGAAGAGGAGCCCAUAUAAUUACCUACAAGUGGCGUAUUUUAAGAUCAAUAAGCUGGCCAAAGCAGUAGCAGCUGCCAACACGUUUUUCCAGGCCAACCCAGAUCACAUGGAGAUGAGACAGAAUCUGGACUACUACAGGAUGAUGGCAGGAGUACAGGAGGACGACUUCAAAGAUCUGGAGGCCAGGCCACACAUGGCCCAGUUUCUGCUGGGAAAGAGCUCCUAUAGUGACGACUCCUUCAUCCUGGCGGCUGAACACUUUGAAUCAGCCGUAGAUGAGUACUUCAUAGCUGAUAAGGAGUGCAGAGUUCUGUGUGAGGGAGCCUACGACUAUGAUGGAUACAACUACAUGGAGUACAGUGCAGACCUGUUCCAGAGUAUGAGUGACCACUAUCUGCAGGUGCUGAGCUGUAAGCAGCACUGUGCUGUGGAGCUGGCCUUAACUGCUGGCAGAGACAAGCCCUUUGAGGACUUCCUGCCUUCACACUUCAACUACCUGCAGUUCUCCUACUACAACACUGAGAAGUACGAGAAGGCCAUAGAGUGUGCUAAGACCUUCCUGUUGUUCCACCCUGAGGACGAGGUGAUGAACCAGAACCUGAACUAUUACUCUGCCGUGCUGGGCGAGGACAAAGCAGCAGCCAUAUCAGCCCGACAGGACUCGUGGACCCCCGACGAUGUCAUGCCUAAGAAACUGAGAGAGAAACAGAAGGCUGAGAGGGAGACUGCAGCGAGGAUCACAGAGGAGAUAGGAAACCUGAUGAAGGAGAUUGAGAAUCUGGUUGAGGAAAAGAAGAAGGAUUCUUCAGAAAUGACCAAGAUCAUAGUGCCACAGGAAGACGGCGCUCUGCUGUACAGUGACAUCAAGGUGACCAUGACAUCCAAGCAGCUGAAUGGCUCCCAGCGGGUUUUGCUGGACGGUGUGAUCACGGAUGAGGAGUGCAGGGAGCUGCACCGUCUCUCCAACGCAGCUGCUCUAAAAGGCGAUGGCUACAGAGGACGACCAUCCCCACAUUCCCCCAGCGAGAUGUACCAGGGAGUCACCGUCCUGAAGGCUGUCAAGCUUGGCCAGGAGGGGAAGGUCCCUCUGAAGAGCGCUCGUCUGUUCUUUGACCUCAGUGAGAAAGUGAGGAAGGUCUUAGAGUCCUACUUCCGUCUGGACACUCCACUCUAUUUCACAUACUCCCACCUGGUCUGUCGCUCUGCCAUCGAUGAGAAGCAGGACGGCCGUAAGGACAUGAGUCACCCCGUCCACGCCGACAACUGUGUGCUGGUUUCUGAGGUCAACGAGUGUGUGAAGGAACCUCCUGCAUACACUUACAGAGACUACAGUGCCAUCCUUUAUUUGAAUGAGGACUUUGGAGGAGGAGAGUUCAUUUUCACAGAGCUUGAUGCCAAAACAGUGACGGAAAGAAUCCAGGCUCAGGAUUUGCUGAAGAUGUUUUCUACACCAGUGGAUGCAGAGUUCAGUAAAAAUGAGGCCAUGCAAACCGAGUCUCAGCCGCUUCCACCAGAAGCUCCAGCCAGAAAAAAAGAAGUAGGAGAGCAGAAGCUCAAGCUGAACACGUCGGGCGAUGCACAGACUGACCUGCUGAAGGAUGCGGGGGAGGCGAAAACAGCCAGUAAAGGAACCACUAAAACCAAAGCUGCGCCUAAAACAAAGCCUAAAGCUGGAGAUCAAACGAAGGCAAAGACGACAGGCAAAGUUAAAGCUGCUGCUGCAAAAGAUGGAAAACAGACAGCAAAAACAAAAGCGAAGCAGGGUGAUAAACAGAAAACAAAACCAGCCGCAAAAAAGACAGUAAAAGCAGUUAAGAAGGACUCCACCUCAGCACCAGACUCUCAGAGCAACAAGGAGGAAUUGUGAUCAAACAGCCACUGUUUUCAUGUGGGGCCAGCUACUGUCUACUCUGUGGGUGGUUAAAUAAAAAGCUGUGUUACAAAA